AUGCCCACUCGAUCCGAGUAUUGGCUACGCCAAAGGUAUCAUCGGUAUCUGCGGAGAGGUUAUGGGGUUAAAAAUUUCACAAAGCUUCGUUCUGGCUCUCUCCUUGUAGAAUGUGCACGGAGACAACAAUCUGCAAAUCUUCUCAAAUUAAAUGAGUUUGUCAAUAUCAAGGUUGUUGUGUCAGUGCACAAGUCACUGAACUCGUGUAAGGGCAUUGUCCGUGACAGAGCUCGCUGCCUGUCCGGCAUGCUCGAAGACGAUAUAGCCAAGGAACUUGAACAGUCGGUCACAGCUGUCAAACGAUUUACUUUCAAGAAGGAUGGUGUGGUCCAACCGCCCAACACCUACCUCUUCACUUUUGCACGAACGUCUAUCCCUCAAUCUAUCAAAGCUGGUCACUGUAACAUCGGAGUGGAGGUGUAUAUCCCCAAUUUACUCCGGUGCUACAUCUGCCAAGUGUUUGGACAUGGAUCCAAGUCCUUCCAUGCCUCUGCUGGUUGUUACCGCUGCGGUGACAAGCACGAGGCCACUGACUGCAGGAAGCUUAAGGAUGUGAAGUGUUCAAACUGCGGUGGGAAUUAA